AUGGAUGAGCCGUGCGAGAUGAUUAAUGGCGAGGCUACAAAGGCGGAUUAUCAAAGUUAUGAGCAUGCGUUCUGCGUUGAGCCAAACAUAAGCGCUAUCGAGAGUGCUCAGCAACGGUUUUCACAACUUCUCUCUCGUCAUUUCGCGUACGGCGAAGAUUUGCGGAAUCUCUCGCAAGAAAUACGUGACUACUAUAUUGCGAAUCGUGAGACAUCAGAAGACUACGAAAUGAAGAUGUCGUCAAUGUGCGAAAUCGGUCGAAUCAUUAGAAAGCAUAGGAGAUGGAAGUUCAAACUAUUCCCUUCCGGUUCGACUGUUACAAGUCUGGCGUCAAAGGGAUGUGAUCUUGACGUUACAGUAUGGAUCCCCCAUGCACGGAGAUAUUACGCAACUGACUCUGAAGCCGCCUUCGACAUCCUCAGAAAUAUCCGACAUUUUCUGUUUACCGAUGAAGAGAUCAACUACAAGUUGCAAUCUGUUCUGUAUGUUGAAGCAAAGGUACCAGUUUUGAAAGUUAAAUGGAAGAAAGGAUUAGAAAUCGAUCUGAGUUGCAUUACGGAAGACUAUGUUUCGGGAAUUCAUAACAGUUACCUUAUCCGUGGAUUUUCCUUGUGGGAUGAAAGAUUUGCUCCGCUGUGCAUGCUAGUGAAAGAUUGGGCAAGUCGGAACGAUGUGAAGAAUGCAAAGCACGGAGGAUUCAACAGUUACGCGAUGGUUCUCCUCGUCGUUCACUUUCUCCAAUGUGGCGUCUUUCCUCCAGUUUUACCCAAUUUGCAAGAACUUUUUCCGAGAAAGUAUGCGCGAAACUGUGACGGCGACAUCAGAUUGCCUAAAGUAUUAGAUUUUGAUGAUAGGAGCUUCCCCGAUAACUAUCCAGUGAUGGAGAAAUGUGCUAUGUCACUUGCGGAGCUGUUUCUGCGGUUUCUCGACUACUACAGCAGAUUCGAUUUUGGUCAUCACUAUAUCUGCAUGCGUGAUGCUGCGGUGAGAUGGAGGGAUGGUCGAGAUGGAUCGACAAGAGUCAACGAUGGCAUAGUUGUCUUCAUUCGUGAUCCUAUUGAUGACCACAACCCAGGCAGGACUGUUCGAGAUGUGGAGUAUCUGCAGAACAAGAUGAGGAGAACUCUUCGGUUAUUCCAAACGAAAAAGUUUCCAACGCUAGCACAGAUCCUCGAAAAUCAUUGA